GAGAACCGGUGCGCUCGGUCAUCGAUAGGAUUUUCGGGCUGGGCGACUCUUUCUGUCCGCCUCGCAGUUUUCCGCCGUAAGUACGUUGACGAACAUUUCGACCGUUGACAAUGCGCGAUCGGGCGCCCGCAAAUAUCGUCCCGAUAACGGGGGCAAAUUGAAUCGCGCGAGAAUGUGGGCUGCGCGCGAUUAUUCGACCCGAUUCGCCUCGGUGAUGUGAAAGAAACAUGGAGGAACAAUCGAUGAGACAUCGCGGCGUGUUUCUUCCGUCGCUGAUCACGUGGCUGACAAUUCUGUCAAUCGCGAGGUGUCAGAGCAUUUGUCCUACUAGGUGCCUGUGCCAUCUCACCGAAAUACCUAGGACCGUCGAGUGUUCGAAGCAAGGGUUACAGACAUUUCCUGAAAAUAUUAGUGAUGUGGUCGAGCACCUGGAUCUGUCAAGCAAUCUUUUAACUGAGAUCACCGACGAAAUUAACCGGCUGACCGAGCUGCAGUACCUGAAUCUGGCCAAAAAUCAGCUCACUUCCCUGCCGAAUAAUCUUGAAGAAUUAAAAAACCUUCGUAGACUAGAUCUAUCGGACAACGUUAUCAUAAAUACGGCAGAUAUUGCUUCCAUUAGCCAAUUACCGUCCCUGGCAGUUCUAUACAUCUCAAGGAAUCUAUUACCUGACUUGAAAGGGCUAACCAGCGAAGUGCUUCAGGCACUGGAUGCCGGCUAUUGCCAUAUAAAAGAACUUGGCAACGAGUCCUUGAAUGGACUGUCGGCGCUGACCACUCUGAGUCUCGCGGGAAAUCCGCUGAAGAACAUUCAAACGCCCGUCAGCAAGACGCUGCGAUGGUUAGACAUGUCUGAUUGCGUCCUAAAUUAUCUCUAUCCAGACACUUUGAGCGGAUUUCCAGAACUGGAAGAGCUACGACUGGUCAAUAAUCCUACGUUGGUGUACAGUACACGGCAUUCGACCCUACAGCACUUAAACCUAAAGAAACUCGAUGUAUCGAGAUGUAACCUCGACCGACCCGGUCUUCACGGUCUCCCGUCGUUGACGCAGGCUCGCCUCUCUCGCAACACAAUUCGUAUACUGCCAGAUCGUAUUUUUGCCAGAAACAAGCAACUGACGCACCUAUACCUGAACGCGAACAGCUUGGAACGACUGAACGACAGUACGCUCGAAGGUCUGGUGAAACUUCAGGUGCUGGAUCUGUCGGCGAACGGUCUCGAGGAGGUUCACACGUUGGCGUUCCGGGAUAACAUCGAUCUCAGGCUCCUGAAUCUUUCCUACAACUCUCUACACCGAUUCCCGGAUCUGUCGUCCCUCGCCACGACGCUGGACCUGUCCUACAAUCUGAUCAGCCACCUCAGGGCGGACUCUCUGGAGGAAAUGCCCAGAAUCAGAAGCCUGAACUUGAAGGAUAAUCAUCUACAGUCCUUGCCGCGCGGCUUAAAUUCGAGGACGUUGAAAAUACUAGAUGUGCAGAGGAACAGGCUCGUCGAGCUACACAACGACAGCUUUGCUAGAUUACCGUCGUUGCAAAAGAUCGACUUGUCAGGAAAUCGUUUGACUGAGGCGAUAGAUCCCGACAUAUUUCAAAACAGUCUAGACUUGGCCGUAGUCAAUUUAGACGAUAAUCCAUGGAGAUGCGACUGUACGCAGCUCUACUCCACCUACGAGUACUUAACCGUUCCUCCCCCGAAAACUGUGGGCUCGACCUUGAUCUGCCAGAGCCCGGCAAACGUUUCCGGCUAUUCCUGGGAGGCCGCGUGUUUCGACGAAUGGAACAUUCACGUGUAUUACAACAAAGACAGAACUUGGGGGGUGGUGAUGAUCAGCUUGCUCAUCCUGGUCGUCCUAUGUGGUAGCGUGGUGUCGAUUAAGCACACUCUGAAGAUAAAGAGAAGAAUCUUCGAGCAGAGGCAGCAGAUGGAAUUAGCAGAAGAGAGAGAGAGAUUUCGACUUUUGCAAAGGAGGAAUCGACGUUUAGAGCAAGAAAUAAACGAACUCGAGAUUCCAGAGGAGACCAGAAUUAAUCCUUUAGAAUUAGUCGGCCCGCCCAGCUACGAGGAAGCGGUCCAGAUGCCGAGAAUGGCUCGUUCUAUGGACGCUUUGAACGAGAUCUCUAUCGAAAAUGGCACUUUGCGCGCCAUGAGUUCCGUGGAUAAUCUACGGACGAAGAAGAGACGAACGAGGAGACCUCGGAAACGGACACAGAGCGAGGACGAUCUGCUGAGACGAGAGGAACGCCGGCAGGAACGGAUCAGAAGGGAGAGAAAUAAUUCCAGCGGCAACAUAUGCGACACGGAUCAACCGCAUAACGCGAAUCCCAGGAAUCCCAAGACAUCCUCGGCGCGCAGAACCGGGAGGCACGGCGCCGUGGACGAGGCGAUCGAGUCCAGCAGUAGCAAAGACAGGCCGAGGCCGCAGACUCCCACCUCGAUGAGGAAGCGAAAGAGAAGACAGGUGUUCAGGGACGAGUAUGUCACCGACGACGAAAAUUCCGACGUCCAGGUGAUGAGUUAUUCCAACCGAUCCAUCGUCAUCAAGGAGCUCAAACGCGAGCCCAGGGGUGGCUAUAGAGAAUCAUUCGUGGAACGCGAAUCUUAAAACUGUUUCAAUUGUAAAUUUAUACCAAAGCGUAUAAUAAAUCUUUUUUUAGUACUUUAAUAAAAAUUUAAUAAAAAUAUGGAAAACGAGAGGAGCGUAGAUUUUUAGCAUUCUCAUCGCACUUAUUGCGCAAAACGUGGCUCUUUAAUUUCUAAAUUGACUUUGCUAACACGAAAGUCCGUUUCCGAGUGGUACGAUCUAAAUCAACGCUAAAUCAACAGGGUAAGUACGGACUCGCGAUAACAUACGUCAGUUUGCGCGAUAACACGACGGUUUUAUCUUGUCAAACCGGUUUUUUUCUCCCAUGUUAAAUACACAUAUAUUGCCCAGGCAAGAUUAGUAAUCGAGGAAAUGACAAAUGAGACGGCGAGCCAAUAGUAAAAGGUUUACUCUGAAGAAGAGCAAAAGUACAAGCGUAUAUAAUCUUCUUGGAAUACUGUCUCCUCCGUCGAGAUUCGAACUGUAAUAACGUCAGAUUACCGGUUUGCAUGUAUCGGAGACGCUUCGAUCCUAAAUUACAGUAAUUUCUUAUCAGUCUCAAAAAUCACGAUUAUAGUUAUAAACUAAUCAUCCAUCAUGUUAAUGUAUCAUUUGCGACAAUAUGUAAGAGAGGCGGUGAACGGCAACGUACAUAGAUUAUGAAUUAUUAAAUUAUUAAAUAUCUAGUAUAUAUUUAGCAAUACCCAGUAAUUCAUCACACCGCCCACUAUGCAGGGUGAUGAAUUACUAGGUAUUGCUAAAUAUAUACUAGAUUUAAUAAUUUAAUAAUUUAUAAUCCGUGUAUAUUGCCGUUCACCGCAUCACCGCCUCUUUUAUUGUCACUUACGCAUUUAUCGGCUACCUGUGUGGCAUCGGCCGCUUAUUAUGGAAAAACAUAAAACAAUUUAAGAUGUAUGAAUUUUCAUUUAAAUUCACAGGAUCUAAAUUUACAAAGCGAUUAUUAAAUAUACAUUUGUAUAUGUAUAAAUAGGAUAUUGAUAUGAGAGACAUAUAUUUCGCAUUUCUUCAUUAUUUGUUUCUUUUCUCGCGUUAUUUGUUUUUUCGGUAAGUCGACAUAAGUUGUGCUUUCUUCAGGCGCCGAGCGUCGUUGGAUAUAGUUAUGUAACAAAUAUAUAAAAGAAAUCACGUGUAGUACGUCGGUGACGUGGUGUUUCGUGAGGACGAGAACAAAGCGAGGUCAAAGAUUACCCGUGACGCACACGAUUAAAAGUAAAUGAUGAUAUCAACAAAAUAACACUCUCUUUUAUUGACCAAAGGCUGAACAUAUAAAUAAAGUCUUACAAUCUUCGCUGAGCUCCUUAUUUUCUUAUCGCUAAGUUAAAUCCAACGAAUGCGUUAUCGUUGGG